AUGGCCCUCACGAACAGCUGCAUGAAUCUCCCCUCGUCCAAGUCGAUGAUCUACCACCGCCAAUCGGGAUUCUCCGCCGCCCCCAGAGCGAUCUCCGCCGUCCAGACGGACCCCAAGCCACCGAAUCAGGAGGCACCGGCCAAGAAAGCGGGGGCGUCUCCGGCGUUGAAGACGGCGGUGGGUGGAAAUGUGGGUCAGGGGAAAUGGACUAUGGACAGCUGGAAAUCAAAGAAGGCUCUGCAGCAGCCGGAGUACCCGGAUGCGGCGGAGCUGGAGUCGGUGCUCAACACAAUCGAUGCGUUUCCGCCGAUUGUUUUCGCCGGUGAGGCCAGGAUCCUGGAGGAGCGACUGGGUCAGGCCGCAAUGGGAGAGGCCUUCCUGUUGCAGGGCGGCGACUGUGCUGAGAGCUUCAAGGAGUUCAACGCUAACAACAUUCGUGACACUUUCAGGAUUCUUCUUCAGAUGGGUGCCGUCUUGAUGUUCGGUGGCCAGGUGCCUGUAAUUAAGGUGGGAAGAAUGGCGGGUCAAUUUGCGAAGCCGAGAUCCGACCCAUUCGAGGAGAGAAACGGCGUGAAGCUGCCGAGUUACAGAGGGGACAACAUCAAUGGAGACGCCUUUGAUGCGAAGGCCAGGGCUCCUGAUCCUCAGAGGAUGAUCAGAGCGUAUUGCCAAUCUGCAGCUACUCUGAAUCUUCUGAGGGCGUUUGCCACCGGUGGUUACGCCGCUAUGCAGAGGGUCACUCAGUGGAAUCUUGAUUUCACAGAGCACAGCGAGCAAGGAGACAGGUAUCGAGAACUUGCUCAUCGGGUGGAUGAGGCGCUUGGUUUCAUGCAUGCAGCUGGGCUGACGCUCGACCACCCGAUCAUGCAGACGACUGAGUUCUGGACGUCACAUGAGUGUUUGCUCUUACCGUAUGAACAAGCUCUGACCCGGCUAGACUCUACCUCUGGCCUUUACUAUGAUUGCUCUGCCCAUAUGCUCUGGGUGGGAGAGCGCACUCGACAGCUCGAUGGUGCCCAUGUCGAGUUCCUCAGAGGUGUUGCUAACCCUCUUGGAAUUAAGGUGAGUGACAAGAUGGAUCCGAAUGAGCUGGUGAGGAUUAUUGAGAUACUGAAUCCGGAGAACAAGCCCGGGAGGAUAACGGUGAUAACGAGAAUGGGAGCGGAGAACAUGAGGGUGAAGCUUCCUCAUCUGAUAAGGGCAGUUCGUCGUGCCGGACAGAUCGUCACUUGGGUCAGUGAUCCAAUGCAUGGAAACACCAUCAAGGCUCCAUGCGGUCUCAAGACUCGUCCUUUCGACUCUAUCAGGGCGGAAGUGAGGGCGUUCUUCGACGUGCAUGAGCAAGAGGGAAGCCACCCGGGUGGGGUCCACCUUGAGAUGACCGGUCAGAACGUGACGGAGUGUAUCGGCGGAUCGCGAACGGUGACAUUUGACGACUUGGGAUCGCGUUACCACACGCACUGCGACCCGCGUCUGAACGCAUCGCAAUCGCUAGAACUGGCGUUUAUAAUCGCUGAACGCCUCAGGAAGCGACGGAUCCAGUCCCUCCAGUCUUUUGCUCCCUAAGCGUCUUCCCUUGCGUUUCCAUCUGCUCCCUAAACAUAUACAUUAUAUAUGUAUGUGAUAUAAUAUAUCGGUAAGACUUGGUUUUCUAAAUUUCCAAAUUUUGGGUCGAGAGAGUGUGAACUCUUUGUGUAGUUGUGUUUGUAAAAACGUUACAAGGUGUGUGGAUGGACUUCAAAUUUGCUGGAAUAAAGAGUCUGCUUUACUUAA